AUGAAAUAUUUAUAUUCUUUAAGUUCAUUUUUUAUAUCAUUAUGUUUAUUUUCAAACAUACAAAUUGCAAAUACGGAUGCAUGUUCUCAAUACAGUUUAAGUGACUUAUACUGGCUUCAUUCUAAUCGAUGUAAUAUAUCAUCGUUAUUAUAUUCUGAUUCAAUAUCAACACAAACAAUAAUAGCUAUACUUAAUUAUCAUUGGAUGUUGAUUUUUCUAUGUACAGCUUGUCUUUUUAUUACAUUUAUUAUCGUAUUAUAUUUUUACAAACAACAGAAACAUGCACAAUCUUCAAAAGUUGCUCCUGCUAAUGUUAUUAUUACUUCUUCUGCAUCACAAAUUGAUGACUUAAAUGAUCCAAUUAGUUUUGUUCAAUUAUCAUUACCACCACCUUAUACAAGCGUAUUUACAAAUAUCUCGGAAUAG